AUGUUGUCCCUCCCUGAGUCACCUAGAUGGCUCUAUAGGCAGAGCAAGGAAGAGGAAGCAAGGGUUAUUCUCUCGAAAAUCUACCGCCCAAAUGAAGUUGAAGAGGAGAUGAAAGCCAUACAUGAUUCCAUUGAAGCUGAGAAAGCAGACGAAAGCUUAAUUGGUCAUAGUCUUGGGCAAAAACUAAAGAGUGCUUGGCCUAACAACGUAGUUCGAAGAGGGCUCUACGCAGGUAUCACAGUCCAAGUUGUUCAGCAAUUCGUCGGUAUUAAUACAAUCAUGUAUUACAGCCCAACCAUAGUUCAGUUUGUCGGAAUCGCCUCCAACUCCACCGCACUUUCACUCUCAUUGGUUACUUCUGGUCUCAAUACCAUUGGAACUAUAGUGAGCAUGGUUUCAAUCGAUAGAUUCGGAAGAAGAAAGUUGAUGCUAGUCUCCUUGGUUGGCAUCUUUGUUUCACUUGUUGUAUUAAGUGUUACAUUAAACCAAGCAUCUCAUCAUGCACUUGCAGUCAAUAAACUGGAUUCCCUUAACUUUGGCGGGAACUCUACAUGA